UCCAUGGCCAAGUCCAUCAAUAAUCACUAGGAUUACAAUUGCCUUUUUAUAAAUACUUUGAACUAAUUAACUCUAGCAACCCAACUAAAUUCUCAUCGUAACCUCAAUUGUCUCUAGCUAUCAUAAGUUUAAUCUACCUAAAUAUAUUCACUACUGAUUAAUCAUCGGUUAUAGUAUAAUAUAUUGUAUUAAUUAAAUGGAUUUAUUGCGUGGUAAUUUCUUUGUUUUUCUCCAAGCUAUGAUGUUUGCAGCUCUUGCUACAACAUCUUUGUCAUCAGCAUCAUUAUUAUCACCAAAUUACUAUGGUCAUUCAUGCCCUCAGGCUUUGAGCACCAUAAGAAGAGUGGUGGAGAAUGCUGUUCAAAGAGAGCCACGUAUGGGUGCUUCUUUGUUACGCUUGCACUUCCAUGAUUGCUUUGUUAAUGGUUGUGAUGGUUCAAUUCUUCUAGACCCCACAUCCACCAUUGAUAGUGAAAAAAAUGCAUCUUCUAAUAAAAACUCUGUUCGAGGAUUUGAAGUGGUGGACGAAAUAAAGGAGGCAGUGGACAAAGCUUGUGGAAAACCAGUUGUUUCUUGCGCUGACAUCUUAGCCGUUGCUGCUAGAGAUUCUGUUGUUGCGUUAGGAGGACCAAGAUGGAAGGUGAGACUUGGUAGAAGAGACUCAACCACAGCAAGCCUUGAUGAUGCAAACAACAACCUUCCAGCACCAUUUUUUAGCAUCUCUCAACUCAUUUCAAACUUCAAGAACCAUGGCCUAAAUGAGAAAGACCUUGUGGUUCUCUCCGGUGCCCACACCAUCGGUUUUGCACGUUGUUUUUUCUUCAAGGACCAUAUCUACAACGAUACCAACAUCAACCCUAAAUUUGCAAAGAAGCUCAAGUACAUUUGCCCUAGAAAGGGUGGAAACCCUGAUAUUCUUGCCCCAUUGGACACCGCCUCGGCCGCGAGGUUUGACGCCGCCUACUAUGGUGACUUGGUUCACAAGAAAGGGGUUUUGCAUUCUGAUCAAGAAUUGUUAAAUAGUGACUCCACGGAUGGAUUGGUCAAGAAAUAUAGCUAUGAUGCUGAAGGAUUUUAUAAGGACUUUGCUAAAUCUAUGGUUAAGAUGGGAAAUAUAAAGCCACUCACUGGGAAUCAUGGUGAAAUUCGAUUGAAUUGUAGGAAAGUGAAUCAAUAUCAUUAAGAAAGUAUAUAUAGCAUUACAUAUCAGGUUACUAUGUAAUGUAAGUAGGAUUAAUAUUAUUUUUUUAGAUAUAUUUUAAAUGGUUAAAACCAGGGACGGAUGUAUGUAUAUGAGUGUGGGGAUAAUCGCCCCAUAGAUUUAAA